UGUCGUCGGCAAAUGACCGCUUUAAUACUGUCGUUGAGGCGUGCAAAUCAGAGCCGUUUUGUCAUUCAAUGAGCACGGACUCCACUAUAUUUUGGAGGCUACACUGUAAAAUUUGUGAGAUUUAGUAGAUUUAUGUAAAAUUGGCUGGGCAAAAUGUCAGAUGCAGUGGUGAAUGGACUGGCCGGUGCAGGAGGCGGCAUGGUAGCCCAAAUCAUCACAUACCCUUUGCAAACCGUCAAUACACGCCAGCAGACGGAGCGUAAAUUGAAGGCAGAGGGCAAUAAGAAUCUGAAAGAUGGAAUUUCAGCUCGGUCUAAGCUGCCAGCUGGAACCCUACAGCAGAUAUACCAGGUGAUCAUAGAAGAAGGAUGGGGAGGAUUAUACAGCGGGCUCAUGCCUUCCAUGGUGGGAACUGCUGCAUCUCAGGGUGUUUACUAUUAUUUCUACCAGAUCUUUAGAACAAGAGCAGAGGCUACUGCACUUAGACAUCAGAAGAGAGGCACAGGUGAUGGCUCUGUUGGCAUGCUCUCUUCACUUCUUUCUGCAGCAUUGGCUGGGUGCUUGAAUGUAUUGCUGACAAAUCCUAUAUGGGUUGUGGUCACACGCAUGCAGACACAGGCACAAGCACAAAAAAAGAUUCUGGAGGUGAAGGGAUCUUUAAAGGAGAGUGAUUCCCAUGAUAUAAAAACUUUACUCGUUGAUUCUGCUACUAAAAAUAAGCUAGCUGAACCUGUAAAAUUAAGAGAGCAUGGUUUCAAAGGGAUUCAGCCUUAUAAAACCAGUCAUGCGGUAAAAGAUCUCUAUAAUGAAGCAGGUAUUAAAGGAUUUUGGAAGGGUGUAGUUCCCACUCUUAUCAUGGUUUGCAAUCCAUCAAUUCAGUUUAUGAUCUAUGAAGGUUUGUUGCAGCGCCUUAAAGCCAAGAGAGCCUUAAACAAGGAAGGCCUGAAAAAUGUAACUGCCUUGGAGGUAUUUAUUCUUGGAGCCAUAGCAAAACUUGGAGCAACUGUUGUGACUUACCCUCUUCUGGUUGUGAAGUCAAGGCUUCAAGCAAAGCAAGAGAUUGGCGGGAACAAAGCAAUGCAAUAUACAGGUACUUUUGAUGCAAUCUUCAAAAUGAUACGCUAUGAGGGCUUGUCUGGAUUCUACAAAGGCAUGAGUACAAAGAUAGUGCAGAGUGUAUUUGCUGCUGCAGUGCUUUUUAUGAUCAAGGAGGAGCUUGUGAAGGCAGCUCGUAAAUUAGUGGAUAAUAAUAGAAAGAUUGUCUCAAUAUCCAGUUUCAAAUCAAAAUAGGUUUCCAGUACACAGAACCAACUCAAGGACCUUCACAAAUGUGACUUUGUUGGUGCCAAAUGAAUUGCAAUGACAAAAAGGGGCAUGAAGGAGUUUCAAUUUCGUUACUUGCAAUAAUUCUAAUUUUCCUAGCUAAAUUAUACACACUGCUAUAACCUCUGUCUGCCUAAUUGGGAAUUUUGUUUAAUAAAGAUGAUAUCACAAAGUGGGCUGGACUCAAGUAGUAGCACUACUACAUAUCAGUAAGUGCUGGAAUAAAUUCUUCUAUUGGGAUUAUUGACACUCUGAAAGGCCAUUAUCGCCAUUGUUUCACAAUCUGUGUAAUAGUCGUUAUUUUUUUAUGACAUCAAGCAACAUUGGCUUCUGCCAUAACUAUUUAAACCCUUAAGAAAGUAUUGUGCUAGUGAUAAAUAAAAUAAGGCAAUUACUCUGACAAACAAAUUCGCGUUA